UACUUCCGUUUUUGGCAUACUUCAGUACAACUGAGAUUCUUAAUACCUUGUAUACCCAGUGUGAAUCCUGAAAUGGUAUAGUGCGCUAUGGAUUCAAAUUACAAGUUAUGUAGCAUUUGUGACAGGCGUCACAUUUCAAAACCAAGUACAGACUGGUGUUCCGAAUGUAAUCAAGCCCUCUGCAAAGAUUGCAAGGAAUACCAUAGUUUACUAAAUAUUUCUCUGAAUCAUAUGACCAUACCAAUAGCUAAAUAUGAUGAACUCCGCACAUCGAUGUUAUCUAUUGGUAACAUAUGUGAGGAACACAAAGAGAGGUACCACCUGUAUUGUCAAACUCAUGACAAACUCCUUUGUCACACUUGCAUUGAAGAUCAUUCAGAAUGUAUUGAUAUCAAAUCGAUCGACAAAAUUGCGAAAAACAUAAAGACUUCCGAAUCUUUUAAUGAAGUACGCAUGUCUUUAGAAGAUAUGGAAACAAACAUCGAUAAAAUGAUAUUAGAAGUUCAAUCAAAUUGUACAAGUAUAAAAGACUGCCCCGAAAUAAUUUCAUAUCAGAUGUGCGAGAUUCGAAAAGAAAUAAACAAGCACUUGGAUACUCUGGAGAUACGACUCAAAGAGGAACUCUCUAAACUUAAAAAUGUAGCUGAAAAGGACAUGCAACUGACACUUAAACAUCUAGAUGAGAAGAAGUUAAAUACUGCUAGAAAAAAGACACAGUUGGAAGACAUCACAAUGUACGCCUCAGAUGUACAAACAUUUCUAGGAUUGAGACGUUUAUCCUUUGACGUUAUCGCAGAUGAAUCUUUUCUCAGGUCUUUACUAGAAAAUGGAAGUUUGGAUGAAGUUAAAAUUGCAUUUGAGUUGGAUGAAAAUAUUGCCAGUUUUUCUAAUGUUGUGAGUAAAUUUGGAUUAGUUCAGUUUAAAAAAAUUCCAGGAAAUUUCUGUCUUGAAAGUCAAAAGGAUAAACAGGCACAAACCAUCGAAAAACUAAAUACUAUUGAAGACAUUUUUGUCAAAUUCGUACAUUCUAUAAAUACAAUAGCUGAUUCAAUAUAUGGAUGUGAUUUUUUACCAGACGGCAAUAUAGUAAUGUGUAACUACCCACCAUCAGGGGUUGAUUUCAUAUGUGUAUUUGAAUCGAAUGGAGGACUCUUGACCACCAUACCAGUACAACCGAAUUAUGCAUAUGAUGUAGUAGCUAUGGAUAAGCAUACUGUUGCUGUAACAUGUCCACGCUUGAAAAAAAAGAGCAUUGUGUCUAUAAAUAUACAAAGCAAAGAAAUGACAAUUAUCAAAACUGAACAUCAAUGUUUUAGUCUUACAUUUAAUGAUGGCAAAUUCCAAACCAUUUCUCCGAAAUUAGGCAUUAUAAAUAUCGAUGCUAAAAACGGAAAAACGGUGUCAACAAUAAAAAUCAAUUUAUCAUGGAACGCAUCAAUUACAUCUUUUGAAUCUAAACUUUAUAUUUGCGACCCUAGAUUAAACACUGUAAGCUGUUGUAGCAUGGAGGGUCAUAAUAUCUGGUCCGUUAAAGAUGAUGCUGUCAUAAAGAAGCCUGGUGGUAUAGCAGUCGAUGGCAUGGGAAACGUGUUUGUAACAAACGAAGAACUCAAUAAUGUUAUAGUUAUUUCUCCUGAUGGUAUUCAAAGAAAGCAGCUUCUCUCUCGAGCAGAUGGGUUGAUUAAACCAAGAGCAAUCCAAUACGACAGAGAGCGUAAUCGUCUUCUAGUGGCAAACGAGUCAGAGAAAGCUUUCUUAUUUGAAAUUUCACAUUAAACCUAGACAAGCUUUGGGUUUGAAAGUAUUUUGGAUUUCAUUCAUUUUGCCAUAAAAUUAUAUCUAGAUGAUUUAUUGAUUUUAUUGAAUUAAA